AUGAUUUCCAUGCAGCGUUCCCUCUCCUCGCCAGUUCGCGUAGUCUCUGCCCCUGCCUCCCAAGAUGACGCGAACCAGCCCCGAUCCUCGAAUCCUCCUGCCGAAACCUACAACACGUCCUUCAGAUCCCGUCGCCAGAGGUCUCCAAGCCCGACCCGAAGCGUCGAGGCCGUAACCCUGCCUGUUCGUCGUAGCGAAGACACACCGAGGAGACCCGCCUCUCGGUCGCACCAGAAGCCCGUGAUUGCCCAAGCGUCAACGCCCAUUGCCACCUCUCCCGUAAAAGCCACCAUGGAUUCUUCGUCCGAUGCGGCUCUCGCCUCCGCCGCGGGAACGGCUUCUUCGCCCGCCCUCCCCCAAGCUCUCCUCCCGGAUCCAUCCAUGUACACGAACCCUCAUAUGGCGCCCGAACCUGAUACAACGACCCUGGAGGAGCUCGCCCAUUUGGUUAGAUUGUCCAAGUACCAGGAGCGCAAGCGCGCAAACACACGCAUACGCCUGCAGAGGAACCUCAUCUCCACGGCCUUGUCAGCUCGUUUGAACCGCUGUGGUGAGAUUGCCCGGAAGAACUUGGUAGAUUGCUUUCGCUCCGAUGACAAGAAGACCUUUGCUUCUCUGUUCAACGCCAUUCACGAUGUGCGCAAGAGCUGCGACGAACUGCGCCGCUAUGCUCUGUUGGAACCCGAGAUGGACUCUCUUCAGUCCCCUGCCCUGGCGUCGUCAGAAAGCCUGGACACGCCGCCGAAAUCGACCUCGGGAUCUAGUUCUCUCGGAUCCAUGACCCCCUUUCUUUCCGAGUUGCCCGCUUCUGUUCGGGAAAUCUUUCUUAACUUUCUGCACCAGAUCCGGACCAACCCGGACUACUUGGCUACAAGAUUAUGUUCUCUAACCCCUGCAGAACUGAAUGUCUUUACUGGCGUACAUCAGGGAUUGGAACCUGUAGAAUCCGUUCUACCCUACCACGGCCGCCCUACAGCCAGGAGUCAUGCUGGUGGACCAAGUAGUCGAGCACCCGCUCAUUCCCCAAACGCCAUCGAGCGCUUGCUGUCGUUCCAGCGACACGAUCCCCUGUCAGCCCUGGUCCACACAUGCUUCGCCAACUCGGCUGGCCCUGAUAGCGCCGAGGAUCGACGUCGAACCGAGAUAUGGGGAACUGCUCUGGCAAGACUGAUCACUGAAUCGAAGGCAAGCAGCGAGCCCAUGCUGAUUUCCGUUCUCAAUGUUUGGACGGCUAUGCGCGACUGGUCCGGGAAGUCUAGCAUGGAAUGGUACCUGAUGAAGAUUCUCGAGGAUGGUGCCUUCCUUUUGGACAAGGCCGAGGACCAGCAUGGCACCAGGUUCAACCUUGCGGACUGGACAGCCAAGGACAGCAUAGCGGCCGAGGAGUUCUACGACCGGGCUGUCAAUGAGCUCUUCGAGAUCAUCGACGAUGAGGAUGCAACUGGAAUUCCCGAAGGUCUCAUCGAGCUCGGUAAUGCCAUUUUGAAGAAGCUGGAUAACAAGCUCGUCGAUGGCACCCGAAACUGGUUUGUUUACAAAUGGCUCUUCUCUGUUUUCCUCCUUGGUGUUGUCAUCCACCCAGAAAGCCAUGGACUUAUGGGCGAUUACCACAUCACCGAGUAUGGCCGACAGAAGAUUCUCAAGCAGGUCGCCAUGCGAGCGCAACAACUUGUUGUCGAGAUGACCUGGAACAAGAAGGGAACCGUCUCAACCCCGCCCAAAAUCCAAGGACACGUGGAGAGCAUCUUGAAUCGAUUCAAACGGAACCGAUCCCAGAGACCUCCGGCGAAGUUACUACCGGCCCGCUCGAUCACAUCACUUCGAGAAACAGUCGAAGUUCAUCCUUACCUCGUUGUGAGUCCGGCCGAUCUAGUCACCCUUGUCAACGCCUUGUUUCCGGAGCGGCGGCCCAUGUCGGCUCAGUCCAGCGGACUUCGAUCCGGAGCGCCUUCUAUCUCUGGAUUCUCAGCCAUCUCGCAGCCCAUCUCGACGGGAGCUCCGCGGAGCAAUUUUGACACGGCAUCGAUUCUAAGCACCAGUGCCUCAUCUGUCCUCAGUGAUGCCACGACGUCCAGAGAGACGAACCUGGAUGAUCCAAGGACCGGUUCACCUCAGCGAUACUCGCCACCCGUGUUGGAUCCACUGGCUCAGCGACGCCUUAGCAACUACGAGGAUGAUGGAUAUCGUCUUCGCUUCGCCCUCCGAGAGAUGGGCGCUCAGGUCGGCAUGGAUGUUGUUCAAGGCUCGUGUCACCCAUGUGCCGAACGAUGGGCCGUGCUGUUCAUCUCAGCAGACGGCAACAGCCUGUCAAGCCAGAUGACUUAUGAUCCGGACGAAGAUGUGGAAGAUGAGGAUCACUCCUCCACCAGCGAGACUGACGAUGACGAGAUUGACGAGAAGCCUGAGCUUGACAAGGAUUACCACCAACUGCGAGAUUCGAUCCUGAAACUUGUCGAGGAUUUCGAGAUCCCAGCCAGCACUGAGCCAGAGGCAACAAGGGCACAAUUCAGCAACCGGGCGACUGGCAUCAAAAAGUACAGAUCCAAGAACAAGAUCAUCACCGCUGAAAAGUCGUCUCCGAGCAGAAACCCCUACCGCAGACGCGAUGCCGAGGCACAAGCCAGUGCCACAGCUGAUGACCCGCAAGCCAAGGAAGAUUCAUCGGCGACGGCGGCAGAGAAGACACAGGACGCAGAUCCGGAGCCGUCCUCAGUUCUCAUUGCCAUGCUUACCGCUGCUUCAGCUCAGUCGCGAGCGCAGGCGGACUUCGUGUCAGCCCACCUCUACUGGAAGACACUACAGCAACUCAAUGCACUCAGCUCAGGAUCGCUGAGACGAAAUGGGUUUGCCAUACUUCUCAACAUUUUCUCCCGAGGGCCACGUGAUUCAAUUCGCCGCUGUGCUUCAGCUAUUGAGGAGUACGACGCUUGGCUCGUCUGGCUUAAGCAGAGCCAAGAACGGCACGAGGGGCUUAUCGACGCCAUGAUGAAACGACUCCGAGCUCUUCGCGACAAGAUGUGGUAUGUAACAGACGUGCGAAACUCUGCACCGUAUGAACAGAGUCGCAACAUCUGCGCUGCUCUCAAAACGAUGGGCAUGCAGAGGCGGUACAAUUCUUACCAACGCAACCGCGCACACCUUGCACGGGGGCCAGCGUCAAGCUAUCUGUAUCGCACAGAAACUCAGAUCAUGGAUCUUCUAGCAGCUUCAGAAGAGCAGGGCGGGCCCAACAAGCUGAGUGAUGACCAGGCAGACAAGACCUCGCGUUGGCUUCAACAAGCUGGCGUUGAGAACUUUUGUUGUGGAGAGGAGCGAAUUCACAGGUUCGGCUGCGAAGUGGACACCUGCAUUUCGAAAUUAGUUGGCGAGUCCAUCAUGGACAGCCCUGUACUGUGGUCAAGUGAGCUUUACCAACGAGACAGACGCAAUCUGGAGACAGGCAGAUCUCCCCGAGACAGAGACCAUCCAUUCGACGACACAGCGAGCGUCAUGAGCGACCCAGAUCGGAGGUUCAUGUCUACUGGUCGGCCAAGCUCUGUUCGGGACCUGCGGGCAAUGUCAGCUCACAAUUCUAGCCAGCAGUCAUUCGACUCUGGCAGCUACCGUUUUUCAAGGGCAAGCACAGUCUUGUCCGACAUCAUCGAUGGACAGGACUAUUUUGGCGUCUCAUCGCCAGUUCACACCAUCGACUCUAGUUCUACGUUUUGGUCGCCCUUCCAAUCGGCGAUAUCCCCGAGCUCGACAACGUCCCGCGUCCAAUCUCCCACGACAAGCAUGACAAACCUAUCCAGCGUGUUCCAGUCACCUCAUUCCCAUCUAGGCUCGCAUGCGAGCCAUUCUACCGGCAGACCUGGCACAUCGGCAUCGUCUAAUGAGACAAUUCACCAACAACGAUUGUCGGAAGAAAAGUCUCGCUUCCUCAACGAGCUCCGCCAGACUCUGGUCAGCCUUCUGCUGUCUGACUUGGGCACAUUGGUCUUUUCUCGCGGCUCAGAGACAGAUGAUUGGUUUUCCACAUUGGGUCAGGAGUGCAUCGACAGACGUGACUCCCUAGACCGACGUGCGCGUCGCUCCGCGAAGUCUGGCAAAUUGUCACUGAGGCCCCGUGUCAUCGAGAAGAAGAAGAGCUUUGGAAACCUGCGAGGUGCCGGCGAAACUGACAAAAACUCCGAGACCACGGAGACUGCUAGCGCUCCAGGAAACGACAGUUCAGCCACAAGCGACACGGUGUCUGCGCGAACCAAAGCCAGCCAUAAAGAGUCAACUCCUGAAUUUCCUUUCAAGAAGGCCUUCCAACGCUUGCUCCGCAUGUUCAGCGUCCAUCCCAAUCCCCAUGCCAAGCUGAACGCUCUGUACGAGCUGCAGCAACUCAUCGUAGCAUCUUUGGCGAGUGGCAAAAGGUCAAGGCUGGGCUGGAACCGACAAGAGUUUAUGUCCGGCGCCGUCGAUGACCCCACAGGCUCUAGCCGCGCGAAUCCGUUGGAGGAGGCUAUUGAUAACGUGAGAGGAAGACGCUCGCAUACCCUUUUGCAGGCACCUGCAACUUCGCCGCCGGCUAGUGGGCCCCGUCAAAUGCGUCAGAAUAAUAAUGAUACUCGCUCUGGCGCCUCCGGCAACCCGACAACAACCGACGCCGUCACCAACGUCUUGCGAACCUUGUUCCGGGACGCGUCUAUUCGGCCAAAGACACUCUUCCGUGACCUGCAGUUCAUUGCGGCAUUCGUCAACCCCACAAUCCUUGACAGCACGGAUAAAGGUACGGCGUUCUGGGACGCUGGCCUCGCCGCCUUGAACCUGAAGCAAGAGGUCUGCCGAACAAUGAUUGAAGUGGCGGACGAGGUCCAAGGGGUGUACACGAGUACACGCAAGACGACCAAUGACGCGCCUGCUCCAGACGCCGAACGACUGGAGACAGAAUCGCCCCCUCCUGUUACGACAGCCUACAGCUUGGCACAAGCAGGAAAGAUGUGGACCAUCACCGCCAAAGAGGGUCUGCCCACGGCCCAGCGAGAGCUCGCAAUUUUCUACUUGUCGAACCCUGAGCUUGUGGAGCGGACCACCUUGCCCCUCUCGAAGCCGCGCGAGGUGUUUAAACAGGCUGUCAUGGACAAAUAUGCUGGUCCUUCCGGCCGCACAGGUCCAGGUGCGAGACUCUACCCCGGGGACAGAAGUCGCACAUCGGCAGGUGCAUCAGGCCUCGGUGGCUCUGCUGGCUCCCAACAUCCCGGCCAAGAUCCAGGCUCCAAGGACGGUGAUGUUCGCAGUGAUCCCGCGUUGAUGUGCGUUGCAGUCCAUUUCUUCCAGGCGGCAGAACAAGGCGGCGAUGAGCUCGCCACGUCCUUCCUCCGACAGAAUGAGUUCAACGCCAUGAGCUGA